GGAGUGACCCGCUCGACGCCCCUGGCCGCGGAGCCCUGCUCAGCCGAGCCCUGCACCGCCGCUGCUGGCGGAAAGGCGAGUGCACGCCGGGGAAGCCUGAGCCAGCGCCGCCAUGGAGCGCGGCCGUCUCGCUAGCAGCCCCCGCAGCGCGGAGUCCGCCCCGCCGGCCGCCGCCACCCGCGACUGGAGCCCGGGACGGACCGGGGCCGGGCCCACGGGCUCCAGCGGGGUCGCCGCGCGCUCCGGGGGCGGCCGUCCAGCCGCCGCGAACGCUGCGCGGGAGCGCAGCCGAGUGCAAACCCUACGGCACGCCUUCCUGGAGCUGCAACGCACGCUGCCGUCGGUGCCUCCGGACACCAAGCUGUCCAAGCUGGACGUGCUGCUACUGGCCACCACCUACAUCGCCCACCUCACCCGCAGCCUGCAGGACGACUCCGACGCGCCGGGAGACCCCAGUCUGGGCGCCUUGCGAGGCGAUGGCUAUCUGCACCCAGUUAAGAAGUGGCCCAUGCGAUCAAGACUGUAUAUCGGUGCAACUGGUCAAUUUCUGAAACAUUCUGUCUCUGGAGAAAAAGGAAGCCAUUGCAACACUCCAACGGCCUCCCAGCCCUAGGCUGUCUGGUGGGGUCUGGCGGAGCGCCUCCCGGCCAUAGGCUGUCUGGCAGGGUCUGGCGGAGCGCCUCCCGGCCGUAGGCUGUCUGGUGGGGUCUGGCAGAGUGGUGGCUAUUAUUUUUAAAGGCUGUGAAAUAAUUGUACUUAUUACAUUGGACCUAACAAACACUGUUUCUGAAAGUUUACAUUGAAACUUGUAGUUGAAUAUGAAAAUCUGUAUAAAUAAAUGUGGAAUAGAAUAAUCCCCCCUAUAUAAAAAUAUAUAGCUUAUUUAGUCAUUGUGUCAAUAGUAAAGAGAAGCUAUUGGAAGAAAUGAAAGCAUUUUAAGACGCAGAGACAGGCAGAUCUCUAUGAGUUCAGGGCAGCCUGCUCUACAUAGAGACUUUGGGGCUUGCCAGGGCUACACAGUGAGACCCUGUCUCAAAAAUAAAUAAAAUGUGUCUAUAUUAGUAUUCAGUUUUUGUGAAAGCCCGCAUGUACUUUGAGUUGACCACUUCAGUUAGAAGAUAGAAGAUCAUUAUUCAGCUCCUGUGUGUGUGCAUGUGUUGUGAACACUGUUGCAGGAACUUUUAUCUGUAGUUAUUUUUUCCAGAUAGAAAAUGCAUAUGGAAUAUUAGAAUUUUUUUAAUGAAACAUGGUAUGAUCACUUUUCAAGAGGUUACUCAAUAUUAAGAUCUAACAGUAGAGACCAGUAUGAGCAGGGGCUCAGGAAUCAGUGGCUGGGCUCAUCACUCUUUCUUGUGGCAUUACCAUAGAGCACAGUUGUGUGUGCACUUAAAUUUCUAUGAAUACAUUCAUCCACUCAUUUCAUAGUAAAGAAAAAGUUAAAAUAUGACUUGGACUCAGCCAUUCACUGUUAACUUCAUGUGUACAGGUGGUGGUAGCAUAGUUUUUAUCAUAAGGAAUGGAAUUACAUUUUUUUUUUUGUUUGAAGUAAGUAAGUAAUGGCUUAUUGUCCUCAUAACGAAAGUGGCUUCAGACUAACUGGGUCACUUGGCCCUUUCUCUCACUGCCUCCCAUUCAGUUCACGGCGCUCCAGUCUCCUCCCAGUCACUAUUCUCUUUGCUCUGCCGUUGGACCCAUUCACUAACUCUCUGCACAAUCUUCAUAAUUUUAACUCUCUGCAGCGGAAAAUAGUUAUAGUUUGCUCACUGUGGCCGUUAUCCCUCCAGUCAUGGCACCGCUUGCCCUGGGCAUUCGGAGAAUCCUUGCCCUUCUUGUACUGGUCCUUGCCAGGAAUGUUCACCAUGCCUACCAGAGUUCUAUUAGCACAGACAUGGUCAGGCCAGAUGUGAAACUGUCAGACUUUCUUUAAAGUUACCUUAAAUAGGCCUGCAAACAAUAUUGUAGCAAAAAUUUCACUAAGUGAUUUUUUUUUUUUUUUUUUGGUAAUUAUCCUAACCUAUUAGUUUGGCCAUAAUUUUACAGCAUUUGUGGGGUGGGGAGGGAUAGGACUUUUGUUGAAUUGUUGCUUUUUUAUAUCAUCCUAUUAAAUAGAACAUUGCCUUUGAUGUUGUAACUCAUUUCCAUGUACCCACUUACAAAUGUUUCCAUGUCCAAGAAGUCCAGUUUAUAACACUCUACAAAUCGAUAAAUAUACUUGCAGCUUUAAGAAGAUUGAAAACAACCCCAAAGAAGUUGCAUCUUUUCAACUACAAAUUCAAAAGGGCAGGCUGCUUUAAUUCAUGAUAUAGACUAACGGGUAUUACUAAGAUAAAAUGCCAAUUUGAGAACUAGUCUAUUAAAUGUACACUUGUCUCUUUGUAUAACUUGAACAUGGUAGGUGAAUUAGUGCUGAGGGGAGGCGCUGACGUGGUGUCCUUGGGAGACUGGGGAAGACGAUGACUGGUAUAUUUGGGCCACAUAAUCUACACAAGAAAUCCUCAGUUAACACUUUCACUUCAUGCAGCUCUCCCACUGGAGUUUCCCAUUUAAAAUUUAUUUGUAAUGAUCAAUGGGGGGCAGGAAAAUGCCAUUUUAGAAAGAAAAGUAGUUGCAUUUUUUCCUGAUCAUAAGACAAUAUGUAUGUUACAGCUUGUUGUUGUGCGAACUACUCAUCAAUAAAGCUACACUAUAAAG